AUGUUAUUAAUCUUAAUAUUAUUCGUUCAAUUGAUCAAUGGUAUAAGGAUCAAUAAUAAAUUUAUUGAAGAACCCGAUGAUGUUGAAACAAUUAUUGGAUCAACAUUAAUUUUUCGUUGUCGAACAGAAGCAAUUCAUCAAAGUCAAAUAACAUGGUGUAAAAAUGAUUUUUGCACAUUAGGUAAAACAAGAGAUUUACCAUUUUAUCCUCGAUAUCAAAUCAUUGGAAAUGCGGAUCAAGGUGAACAUCAUUUUCAAAUAGUCAAUGUAUCAUUAGAAGAUAUUGGAAUGUAUCAAUGUCAAAUUCGAGCAGGACAACAAACAGCUGGCGCAAUGUCUCGUAAAGCAAAAUUAACUGUUUUACAAAUUCCAACAAGUUUAUUAAUCGAUAGUCCAGUGGUAUUAACAGAAAAUGUUUUAUCAUUUAUUGUAUGUCGAGCAAAUAAUGCAAUGCCUGAAGCGAAAAUUUCUUGGCAUUUUCCAAAAUCAAUUAGUUAUAUAUCAAAAAAUGAUUAUGCUCUUUUAUCCGGCCAAUCAUUAAGAAAUUCAAUUUCAAAUCUAACAUUAAUAGCAAAUAGAUCUUAUCAUGGAAUAUUAAUUCAAUGUCAAGCACAUUCAUCUGCGAUUCAAACACUCAAUAAAACAAUGAUAACUCAACAAUAUAUUCAAACAAUUUUUCGACCUGAAAUAAAUAUUAGUUUAAUUGGUAAACAAAUAGAAAAUAAUAUCAUAUAUAUUCAAUGUAAUGUUGAAUGUCGACCUGAUUUGAUUAAAAUUCAAUGGUUUAAUGGAACUUCUCUAUUAAAUAUAACAAACGAAAAUCGUUUAUCACUUUUAUUAACAAGAUAUAUGAAUAAAAAUAAAAUAACUUGUCAAGCAAUAAAUCAAGUUGGAACAACUAAUCAAUCCAUAAUACUUGAUAUUAUUUAUAAACCAAUAUUUAUCGAUUCAUAUAGAAAUCAGUUAAACAAUUCCUCAGUUACUUUAGUUAACGAAGGAGAAUCAAUUGAAUUAGAAUGUUAUGUUGAUUCAUCUCCAUCAUCAUUAAUAACUUGGAUAUUUAAUGAAGAAAUUAUUUUAUUUAAUCAAACUUCAUUGAAAAUUGAUUAUGUUCAAUCAAUGCAACACAUUGGUUUUUAUAUAUGUAGUGCACAUCAUUCACUAUUUGGAACAUUUAAUAGAACAAUUAGACUUGGAUUAAAAGGUCCACCUGAAAUGAUUGAAGAGAAAACUAUGGAUUCAGUUUAUAUUGGACAGUCAGUAACAUUUAUUUGUACAAUUUCAAAUGAUAUUCCUAUUCAAGAAAUUUUUUGGUCACGAGAAGAUCAACAAAUAAAAAUAAAUUCAAAUGAAAAAUAUGAAUUAGUUGAAAAUCGAAGUGAUAAUUUAAUUCAAUAUAAACUAAUAAUUAAAAAUAUUUUAUUAUCUGAUAACGGCUAUUAUAUUUGUACAGCAACAAAUCAAUAUGGUUCAUCUUUAACUCAGUUUCAAUUAAGAGUUAAUCAUUUAAAAGACUUUUUUAUUCGACGUACAAUUUUAUUUGGAUCAAUUCUAAUUGGUCUUUUCAUUUCUUUUAUUUUAAUAAUCAUUGCAUUAAUUAAUCAUUAUAAACAAAAUAAACAUAAAAGAAUAAGAAAAAAAUCUUCAACAACUGAUGAAACAAUAUCAUCAUCUUUAGCUAAACAACAAGAAAAUAUUCAACAUGAUGAUCAAGAUGAAACAAAUUCAAUUAAUGAUCAAACUUUUAUUCAUGAAAAAUUACUAAAUAAUCAAAUUAGAAAUGAUAUAUAUGAUUCACCUCAGCAUGAUCUAUUUUAUUCAAGAUACGAUUUAAAACGAUAUUCAACUGUUGUUUAA